UAGUGUUCCCUAAGCCUUUCGUGAACAAAGGCACACAUUUUCCAGGAAAAAAAAAAAAAAAACGGUACGCCAAUAAGCAAAAAUGUCACAAAAAUGAUACAUCAAUUUCUAAAAUGUACUCACAAAUGCUAUAUUUAGUUGGACACAAAGUUAUUAUUCUGUUUUAUGAAUGACAACAAGAAUACCUACAUGUUGAUUGCAACUUCCGUUAUAAUUAAUAACCAAUAACAUGGUCAUAAUAACAAAUUGUUCGGCCUCUGGCUAGCGUCGAUUGAUGCACAAAGAUUGAUUCUUUGCACGUGAUCAAACCAAAUUCUGUGUAAUCCGACGAGUUGCCGCUCUCAUUGCACAUCACCGCAUUCCGUUAACUACUUUUCACGUGGGGGUGUACUCACUUUUGUUGCCAGCACUUUUGACAUUAUGUGUUGCGUUAAUAUAAUGGGGGAAAACAAAUUUACACUAUUAUACAAGCUACAGGCGGCACGGUGGGCUCAGGUGGUAAAGCGUUGGCCUCACAGUUCUGAGGUCCCAGGUUUGAAUCCCGACAUCGCCUGUGUGGCGUUUGCAUGUUCUCCCCCGUGCCUGCGUGGGUUUUCUCCGGGAACUCCGGUUUCCUCCCACAUCCCAAAAACAUGCUACAUUAAUUGGAACCUCUAAAUUGCCCCUCGGUGUGAUUGUGACUGUUUGUCUCCAUGUGGCCUGCGAUUGGCUGGCGACCAGUUCAGGGUGCACCCUGCCUCCUGCCCGUUGACAGCUGGGAUAGGCUACAGGACUCUCAGCGACCCUUGUGAGGAUAAGGGGCAAAGAAAAUGGAUGGACACAGGCUACAAAUUGACAGGGUGUAGCGUUACUUUUGUGUGCUACUGCAUCACUUUUAUAUGCUUCCCCAGAUACCUCGUUUUUCAGACCACUACGAGUAUUCAGUCGAGUAGUCAUUGAUACCGAUUACCAAUUUUACUGAACAAAAUUACUUUGCGAGUGUUGUGUUCCAGUCAGUUGAAUACGUAAAUCUCAUGGGAGUCAGACCUGGUUUUGGAGUUUUUACUGAACCACAAAGAUAACACAUUAGAAAAUAAUAUACAAUACUUUAUUGUAUGAAUAUCAUAAAUACAAGCACAAAAAAAAUGUUAGCAACGGGUAAGUAUCGUUCUAUGUAUAAUACUCAGAGGUAAGUGAACAAGUUAUGUUGGGGGUACUGCAUUCAACAGGUAAAAUACUGUCAUAAAUGUUACAGCGAAUGACCGCAUAUUCGUUGUUCAGGAUUAGUGAAUUAGUUACAAUUUGUGUAUUUUUUUUCCCCCAACUUUUCAAGAACGGACGAUGGGUUGCAAAAAAAUAAAUAUGAAAAAAAUCCUGAUUUUGUGCUUCAGUAUACUGUACGAUGUUUUUAAUAGAAAAAAAAUAUUGCUCUGGUACCAGGAAGCGAGUGGAGGAACUUCAUUUAGUUGGGCCGUAGCCAUGUCUAAUAGAAAGAAAAAGUGCUUUGCUGCCAUCCUGUACGCAACAACAACCCUUUUGGAGUGGAGGUCUAUUCCUCGCGCAUGUGUGUGUGAUUUUUAGAUUGCAGGCGACAUGGUGGGCCUGAAACCCUCAGACGUGCCCCCUCCUCUCGGGGUGAAAAUGGCCAGCGCGGGGGCGGCGGCGUGCAUCGCCGACAUCGUCACCUUUCCCCUGGACACGGCCAAAGUGAGACUACAGAUCCAAGGGGAGAAGAAGGUGGCGGCGGCGGAGGCCAAGGCCAUCCGCUACAGAGGCGUGUUCGGCACCAUCAGCACCAUGAUCCGCACCGAGGGUCCGCGCGCGCUGUACAACGGGCUGGUGGCGGGCCUGCAGAGGCAGGUGUGCUUCGCCUCGGUGCGAAUCGGCCUCUACGACAACGUCAGGGACUUCUACACGGGAGGAGCAGAGAAUGCCGGCGUGGUAAUGCGAAUCCUGGCCGGCUGCACGACGGGCGCCAUGGCGGUGUCGUUCGCUCAGCCCACCGACGUGGUCAAGGUGAGGUUCCAGGCCCAGAUGAACCUGGACGGAGUGGCUCGGCGCUACAGCGGCACCAUGCAGGCCUACAAGCACAUCUUCCGCAACGAAGGACUGCGCGGACUCUGGAAAGGAACGUUGCCCAACAUCACAAGGAACGCGCUGGUCAACUGCACCGAGCUGGUGACCUACGACCUCAUCAAAGAGGCCAUCCUGCGACACAGGCUCAUGUCAGACAACCUGCCGUGUCACUUUGUGUCGGCCUUCGGCGCCGGCUUCGUCACCACGGUGAUCGCCUCCCCGGUCGACGUGGUGAAGACCAGGUACAUGAACUCGCCUCCGGGUCAGUACCGCAGCGCUAUCAACUGCGCCUGGACCAUGUUGACCAAAGAGGGGCCCACGGCUUUCUACAAGGGCUUUGUGCCGUCCUUCCUAAGGCUCGGCUCAUGGAACGUGGUCAUGUUCGUCUCCUUCGAGCAAAUCAAGCGCGCCAUGAUGGUGACCAAGAAGCGAUUUGACGCCUCCAACUAAACAUGAACGCACCAGACACAACAUUAGGUACACUCAGUACCCCUCCCAGAGAGAAUACUGGGCAAAAUAAAUAAUUUAUUGAGUAUUUAUCAUACAAAAAUAUUUCUAAAAUUACAUUUUAGGAGAGCGCAAUUUAUUGACUAUCAGUGUAAUGAAUGCAACAAAUUAGUCUUGAAUAUUUUGAAGUACAUUAAUUACAGUUCAAAAUAUAUUUGACUGGAUUUUAGUCUAAAAUAUUUUGUUUUGAAAAAUAUUAAUAAAUAAAUAAUAAUAAAUACAGGCGUCAUGGUGGUGCAGCUGUAAAGCGUCGACCUCCCAGUUCUGACGACCGGGGUUCAAAUCCCGGCCCCGCCGGUGUGGAGUUUACAUGUUCUCCCGUGCCUGCGCGGGUUUUCUCCGGGCACUCCGGUUUCCUCCCACAUCCCAAAAACUCUAAAUUGCCCCUACGCGUGAUUGUGAGUGCGACUCUUGUCUGUCUCCAUGUGCCCUGCGAUUGGGUGGCAACCAAUUCACCCUGCCUCCUGCCCAAUGGCAGCUGGGAAAGGCUCCAGCACUCCCGCGACCCUCAUGAGGAUAAGCGGCUCAGAAAACGGAUGGAUGGAUGGAUAGUAAAUACAACUUUAAAAAUAAAUGAGUAGAAUAUGAUACAGUGGUGCCUUAACUUACAAGCUAAAUUUGUUCUGCAACCAUGUUUGUAACUCAAAACUCUUUCCCCACUGAGAUGAAUGAAAAUGUCAUUAAACACCACCCAAAAAAAAUGUAACGUGUUUUAUUAAUAAGAAGAUAGCAUUGUACUGUAAUGUACUCUUAAAAAACAUGUAAUAAUAAUUAAAACGAAUGUAAAGGACUACACAAUUUCUGCAGCAUGACUUCAUGAUUUCAUGCUCAUUGAUGUUAUUCUGCUCCUGGUCUACAUGCCGUGGGCAGAUUUCCACUUGGGGUCAGCAUAGGCUAUUGCUUCGCAAAUACGACAGUCUCGCUUAAGAUCAGUAGCUGCAAUAAUAGCAGUAAUUUUUCACAGAGAACAAAUAUAUCCCUGCGAGUAUUGCUAUAUGGUCUGUUUGUCUUAACGUGUUGCUACACCAUUUGUUUGCGACACCCAUGCUCGUUUCAUGAGUGUUUUAACAUUAACUAAAUGAACAUUAGUGAAUUAUGUUUUUUGGUUACAUACAGCACUCAUUUUUGAGGAAUGGCUCAAUAUCUCCUGCUUGUUAGGAAGUUUGCUUCAACCAUCUACGGCUCGUACCAAAAUUUGUGGUGGAAAAUGAGCGGUGGGGUGACUGUUCAGAUGUUGAAGGAGUCAAGUUGAGGUACCACUGUACAAUGUAUAUAACAUCUGUAAAUUAUUAAAUAUACCAUGUCAUCACACAUCACAUUGUAUUUAUAUUAAAAAUACCUCAUUACUCCUGUUUACUGUAUUUCUAAAACACAAUAUGGAGAUAUAUUGUUGCUCCAUAAACAUAUCAUUACUGUUUUAUUGUAUAAAUAUAUCAAAUACAUUUGAUACUGAAAACACGAGUUAUAUUCAAUCAAAAUUUUAAAUAAUUAAAUAUGAGAUCCAUAAAUUGCUGAGAUGUUCCACUUGGCUAAAGCCUCAUCUGGGG